AUGGAAUCGGAUCUUAAACAUUACGCCAUCGGUGCUCUUGAAGCUAAUUGGAGCAAUGUGGGCAAUUUGACGAAGCAUACGGUAGAGCAUCUUGUGGCUGCUUCUGGAAUUUCUAGAAUUAUCGAGAUCUCAGACUGCAAUGUCAGUUUUAGCUUCUGCAUAAGACGUCUUGGAUAUAAAAUGGUUUUGGAAAUCGAUAAAAUCAAGCAGUCCUAA